AUGGCUACCCAGCGACUCGGCUCCAUCUUCUCCCACCUCUCGUCCUCCAAGACCGGCGUGGCUGCCAUCACCCAGAAGCACCCCGAUGACAUUGUCAUCACCCUCGCCAUUCGAACGCCCCUCGCAAAGGGCAAGAAGGGCGGUUUCAAGGACACCGAUCUCGACUACAUGGUCUGGGCCCUGUUGAAGGAGGUCAUCGCGAAGAGCAAAAUCGAUCCUGCCCUCGUCGAGGAUAUUUGCUUGGGAAAUGUCGGUGACCCGCGCGCCGCAUACAAGGUCCGCGCCGCCAUGCUGGCUGCAGGCUUCCCCCACACCGCCGCUGCGUCGAGCGUCAACCGGUUCUGCUCCUCGGGCCUCAAGGCCGUGCAAGACAUCGCCAACCAGAUCUCCAAUGGAUCCAUCGACAUUGGCAUCGCCAUGGGCGGCGAGUCCAUGACCAACAGCGGCGGCAAGGAUACCCCUUUCUCCCCGGAGAUCAUGGCGAACCAAGAAUCCGCAGACUGCACACAACCCAUGAUCCAAACGUCCGAAAAUGUCGGCAACGACUUCAAUAUCACCCGCAGAAUGCAGGAUGAGUAUGCCUGCGAGAGUUUCCGGAGGGCCGAGGUCGCGCAGAAGGCCGGCUGGUUUGAAGAUGAAAUCGUGCCCAUCACCACCAAAGUCAAGGACCCCAAGACGGGAGAGGUCCACGAGGUCACCCUUACCAAGGACGAGGGCCCCAGAUAUGGGACCACGCUGGACAGUCUGUUGAAGAUUCGUCCCGCUAUGCCGCAAUUUGGCGACAAGACAACUGGCGGGAAUGCCAGUCAGGUCACGGAUGGAGCUGCCGCCAUCCUCCUCAUGAAACGGUCCAAAGCCCUCGAAUUGGGUCAACCCAUCAUGGCCAAAUUCUGCGGCGCCACCGUCGCCGGUGUCCCCCCACGGAUCAUGGGCAUUGGCCCCACCGCCGCCAUCCCCAAGCUUCUCGGCAAAUUCCACCUGACCAAGGAUGACAUUGACAUCUUCGAAAUCAACGAGGCCUUUGCCUCAAUGGCCGUGUAUUGUCUCAACACACUCGGACUUGAGCACGAGAAGAUGAACCCCAGGGGAGGCGCGAUUGCCUUGGGUCAUCCCCUGGGAGCGACCGGAGCGAGACAGAUUUGCACCAUUUUGAGCGAGGCCAGGAGGACGAAGAAGAAGAUCCUCGUCACCAGCAUGUGUAUCGGCACGGGCCAGGGCAUGGCUGGCCUGUUUGUGAAUGAGCAGUUGUAG